AUUGAGAAUCUGGUGGUAUUAUAACUUGUACUCGCUACGGCGUUUUAUUACUGUUCGUGAGUGGUGCUCGUGUUAUUACUAGCCUUGCAUGAUGAUUCUUUUCACUGGAUGGGAUCUCGUUCCAUACUCCAACCUUUUAGAAGUCCAGAAAGAGGUGUUCGAAUAUUUUGCAGACUUAAGAUGUAUUGCAAAACCAUCGAAUCCGCAUUGUAAAUCUAAUGAUGUGCCUGAUAUUGAUCUCAUAUGUACAUGUUUUAUCAAACCAGAAUAUGGUAUCUCAGCCACUGAUGUUAAACUUUUUAAAGAGCUUCUAUUAAAAAUAAGUUCAGUAGAUGUAAAUAAAUCUGGUCACUCAAAGAAAAGAGAAAUGAAUAGACUUCAAAAAUUGCAUUCACUUAUUUUGCAGGCUCAAAUUUCGGUUCAAAGACAGUUAGAGUUAGCCAAUCCUUGUUCACACAAUGGUUUAACAUUGACAAAUGAAAAACAGCUGAUGGAAUUACAAGCAAAAGAACAAACUUUUCAUAUAAAUACACUACCUAGCUUCUACAAAUUUAGGGGCAUUACUAAAAGUGUUACAAACUUCAGUACAAUAACAUUUACGUUUAUUGAUUUUCUUCAACGAGAUUCUUUUAUUUGUAAGGUACCUUCAAUUGAAAUGCUCUCUGUGAAUAAACGAAUCGAUACGGCUUAUUAUUUUGAAAAGGUAAGUCUUUUAAUAACUUCGGAAAUUUCCGAUAUCAGUUCGGUACUCUUGUUUGUAUUGUGCUGAGUGUUUUGAGCACACGCGGAGAAAGGCAGUAACCUGGGAGGCCGGUAAAAGUUAAACAACUGGUUUCUAUAAAUUGUCUACAUAAUGUUUAUGUCAUCAUACAUUCGGUUUUUUAUUUUGAAAUAGAGCCUAUUUUGAUGUGAGAUAUUAGUUGAAGUGGGUUUAGUAGAGCUAAACAGGCUUUUUAAUCUUCCCUUUAUUGUCGUUGCAAUGUCGUCACCUUUAAAUUCAAGUUGAAUGAAAAUAGGUUUCUUGUUUGCUGUGGCUUCUUUAGGCGUUUUGUCUUUUCCCAUAUUUUUCAAUGAAUUUCUUUGGAUACCCCUGCCUAAGGAGCAUUAGGUACCUAAAGUUUAUUGAGAAAUAAUGGAAAAGACAAAACGCCUAAAGAAGCCAUAGCAGAAAAAAGACCUAUUUACAUUCAACUUGAUUUUAAAGGUGACGACGUUACGAUGACAACAAACAAGAUUAAAAAGCACACUGACCAGAAGUUAUCCUUCAGCUAAACUGAUUAUUUCGUACAAAACCGUGUGGUCCUUACUCCAAUCCAAGAUCGAUAGGUACCACUCACAUGCUACCGCCAACUGCAAAUACAAAUUUACAUGUACCUGCCAGAACAGUUACAUUGGUAGAAUAGUAGGAAGGGCCUGCGUUCGAUCGUAAAAAUAUAUUCCAAGAAGUCUCAGGUCAAUGGAAUUUAAGGCUUUUAGCAGUGCUAUCGCUAGACAUCUCUGGAAUACGGCAUCGAGUUGAUAGACUGAAAUCUUUCAGCAUUAUUAAUCGACAGUCGGAUUUUGUUCUCCUUCAAUCCGCUGAAGCCAUAGCCAUCGAACGACUAAACCCGGACUUAUGUAUCCAAAAGGAAAUACUCGCAAAUCUUCCCUUACCAUGGUGAGUAUUUCUUCAGUUUAUUACAUAAUACUUGCAAUUGUUUUCCCUCCCUUCUGUUUUAAUGGUAUUACUUUCGAAGUCAUAACCUUAUUUAUUUUUUAACUGACUGAUAUUAACUCAUAUCAUUCUUGAUUGUUAUUAAUUUAUGUUCAACUACUUCAGCUAAUUAUUUUAUCUCUAUGAUCUUUUGUUACUGUAUCUGACGAUCCAGGAUCUUUCACACAUGUUUAUUUACGACACUCACUGUAUAUCUUCACUCACCACCCCACCAUUAUGUCACAUAUCCACUUUUACUGUUAUGAGUAUGUAAACUUUUCAAUAAUUUCGAUUUUAAAUAUUAUAUUAUAAGCAGCUGAUGAGAACCUAACGGAAUAAACUGAAUUUGUGUUCUGUUCAAUUCUUUGUUCUUGCUCUAUUCAAAGUUCGACAAAAUUUAGAUUAGGACCUAGAAACUUGGUCAUUGGGAUGUGCUAACGAGAUGGACGUAGCAACUGUAUUUGUUAACUGCUGGAUACUGUUUCACCUCACUUGAAUCACUGGUAAAAAAAUCCUGGGGUCAGUGAAACAAUUUGUGAAUUUGAUGACAUGCCAAUAAAUUACCCCCAAACGCUGAGAACAAAGUAUCUAGGUGGGGUUUAACUAGUUUGUUGUUCCUGCGACGUCAGUCGAACUGUCUCAUGGUCCCUAAUCGGUAACUCGGUAUUCACUUGAUGAGGCUUGAGAUCAGUAACACCCUAACAUAUGAGGGAUAACGUUAUGUGCAUCAAAUAAAUAGAGGAAAAUGGUGGUACCACGAGAAUAUUUGCAGGUACUUAACUGUUUCUGUGUUUACAGUGUAACCUAUCAUUUAAGGUUAAAAUGACCCUUAGUAUUUCAUACUCGUUACUUUAACUACGACGAUUUUUCCAAUUUGCAAUGUUUUGUUUUGGAGUCAAAUGCAGACUUCAAUCUUUGAAUCUGAAUCUGCUGGUACGUCACUGUGAAGCAUUGUUGUGUUACCUGACUCGUUUGAGUUGUUAUGAAGACUUGUCCUUUUCUAACGAUGGUAUUGAUUUAUACAUGAGCAGAUUAUUGGUCAGCUAAAAAUAAGGAGCUGUAUUGACUGGUUAAAUUGUCUUUAAAUGACGAAAACUGGUAACUGUAGUGUUCGAUUGACUCGCUUUACUAGACUGAUUUGAGUUUAGGUAAGUGUUAGUUUGUAUUCCAUAUUUACAGAUGUAUGUUAUGGAUGAUUAUCUAAGGUAAAAACCUAAAUCCAUAACUUUCUGCUUAUUGACUACCAAUGCUUGAUCCUUAGAGCAGUCUUACUUUUCAAAGCAUUUUGUCAUUUUACUGCUUUUGUAUGCAAUUAAAAUGUAUUCAAUUAUAAAAAUGUAUUCAGCUGUUCGUAUUUUUCUUAAUCAAAACAGAUGCUUCCAUUUCCUACUUACGUGUACAAACAAAUUCAUCAUGCAGUUGAAUAUGUGGUGUUGUUAACUGAGAAUGUAUUGAAUUUUUUAUUUCUUUUGAAAGCACUGGUUGGUGUUUAUGUACCAUUUGAUGUGACUGUUGAAAAUUCAGGUAAUAUAAAGUGAAUUUUUCACCUUUUUUUGUCUUCAUAAGGAAUGAUUUUUUUUAAAAAAGACAGUUAUCUCCGCCUACUUUUACCAUCCAAACACUUAGCAUCUAUUUUAAAUGCUUCGAUAUCAGUCUCUUAUUCUGAUCUGCUUUAAUCUGUGUACAACUUCAUGUACACGAAUGAUCUUUCUUUUCAACUUCAUAGGGAUGGGUAAAUUGCAUUUAUCUCAGGAUAGGAGGUCCAUUCUAAUUUCACUCUGGAAAAAUAUAAAACUAAUCCCAAAUUAUGAAAAAUGAAGCACGUCAAAACAGCAUAAUUUUCCGUUACAUAUACCUAACCACCACCUACCUCGAUGGGGGACGUUUGUUGAUGUUAAAGUGGGUUGGAAGAAAGCUAGGGGGAGCUAAGCCAAGACGUGACAUCGGUCUCUGAAGUCUUUAGGUGUCGGUUUGAGCUAUUUUGGUAGAUGCAGACUACCUGGUUGGAGUCCGUGCGCAAACCAUGGUCAGUGAUUGGAGAAUAUAUUUCUAAACCUUUAUAUGAAAAUUCUCAAAUUGUGCGAGGGUUUCGAUCAUUUCCAAUGUAGAAAGAAAACAUGUUUUCAGGCUUAUUUCAAGUUUGUGUAUUUUUCAAACCACUUUUAUUCUGAACUUGAUGAUGUGUAUUAAUUUCAUCCUUAAUUUAAUUUGAAUAUAAAUAUUGUGAUGAUAAAAAAAUAUUUGUAGCUUUAGAGAAUAAUUUUGUUGAGUUCUUUAAUUUGAGUGAUUCAUUCGAAUACAGAUAUUUAGUAUAAUUAGAAGCAUACACAUUUAGGACUAAUUCUUUCUCUCUUCUUUGAAGUUGAAAAUCAUGAAGUAUCGUAGUUCUUCUACUUAUAUUGUUUUCCUUGGUUAUUAUUUUCGUUACUAGAAUGCUAGUUUGUAUGUGUGUGUGUCAUCUGUUCUACAUGUUACCAAACUCUCGACUGUAUUUCAUGGUUAUUGACUCAUACAGAUUCGUGUUCUAUUAUUAGAUGAUGAAUAUUCCCAUUCCGUCUAGAAUUUGGCUAGUCACUGAUUCAGUCAGAAGUAGCGGUGGCCCCCUAAGAAAACCACCUGCUUCGGUUUGGGCACCCGGGCAGUAUCUCAGCCCUCACACAAAUCGAAUGAUUUGUGUGGCGCACAUCUACUUGGUGCCCCCUUGUACUAGAACCUUGAAUAUACAUGCGUCCACCUAACUUCUCACAGCUAAAUGAAGCUCUCAGAACAAAUACCAAGGUAGUGUGAGUGGUAGUGGUAUCAAUUAUAAUUAUAAUAUUAGGCAGAGAGAAUAUUAUUCAAUAAAGGGGAAUAAAUUGACGGAAUAAAAAGUGUAAUGUUUUUAACGGGACAUAGAUUGGAUUACAGCACCUUUCACGCAGGAUUUUGUUGGAGCGCGCUAACUGAUCUAUUUUUAGUCAAUUAGCCCUAGCUGGUAAAUGGAGAAGAUUCUAGAAUCCUGUGUAAAAUUAUGUAUGUACUGACGUCUUUCUUAUUGUAAUUCUCUUUCAAUCAGCAUGGUUUAUUUGGGAACAUAAUUACUUUCUUGUCUAAGCCGUGUUUUUAUCCUAGGGACUAGUGGGGUAAAGUGUUCAACGAAUACUAAACAGCAAGAAAAGCUGGGUAGCAUAAAAACACUUUAUAAAGGUAAUUUUGAAACUGAAAAUGUAAGAGAAACCGAAGAGUGAAUGCAUCUGCACUAUUUUUAUCGAUUCUGAGCAACUUCAUUUAUCUGACCGUUAGACACUGAUGAAAGCUUAUACAAAUAUACACCUCAUAAAUGUGCAACCAACUGUCUGUCCAGGACCAUUAGGAUAAUAGUUAGGUUAUAAAAUUAUGUAACAUCCUACCAACCAAUGAUAGCUAAUUUGGCCUAGUGUAGGCAUAUCUGGUUUUAAAAAUAUUGUGAUGUCUAAUUAUAGAACAUUUAUAUAUAUUCGGCGCACUCCUGUACCAAUAUAUAUGUGUUCAAAUAAAUAAAUAAAUAAGAACAUUCAAAACUAUGAAAUUGUCCAAAAUCCACACUGUCUUCUGUUUUGUUGUUUCUCCACAGAUACAUCUUUCAGUCGAAAGACUAUCCAGUUUGGAAAUAUCAUAUUAACAAGUCCAUUUUCUCCAAGAGUUCGCUCUCGUUUGUUUUAUGAAUCUUUAGUAAAACAACUAUGUUUUGAACACAUCUCGGGUGAUCAAGCACAUAUUAUUGUUAGUUUAAUUCCUGGUUAUAAUGAUUCGUUUUUAUUUUAAACGACAUUUGUCGCUCUGGUUCACAGUUCAAACCACAGUAAAUUAGGUUGGUUUUAAGCCCAUAAUCCAUUGAUUGCAAUUCACUUAUAAAAUAUGGCACAUGUUUCUGAAGUACACUUUUGUGAUGAAGGUUCAUGAUAAACUUGACUGGUUGAAACACAUUCGAAAGAAUACUAUUUGAACGUGCAAUCCACUGACUAAUAGUUGAGUGCAUUAAUCACUAAGCUAUUUCACUUUCAUUAGUUAAAAUGUGAGUGACCCGUUCAUGAAGUCAUAGUUCCAAUAAACUUGCAGUAGUAUCAUGUCUAUGAUAUGUUAUUAUUCAGUGAAACGUAUAACCUAAACUGAUAAACAAAUAGUCAAUCAGACAAUACAUCGUAGUAGGUUUUACAAAAGACAAUCAACAAAAUAUAGGCAAGAGAAAAUAUUUGAGUGAACUGUAAAACAUGCCGUUUUGGAUUUUCUGUACAGAUAUAAUUGACUAACUGAUUUGUAAGGGUUUGUACUUCCCCGUUGUCGGUGUUAGUAACUGCAAUUGAUCAGUUUCAUUUAGCAUGUGUAUUUGGUGAACGGAUUUCUUCAAUAUUAUCAUUAAUCUGCAGGUUUUUAAUAAAGUUGGCCAGCAGUGGAACCCCGGAAGUGUGUUUCUUCAGUAGGCUGUAUCAUCAUCCAUGUUGAUGUUUACAUCUGAAUUCUAAGUUAGUAUCUUUCAUUUCAAUCACUCAGUCUAUCAUUCACUUAGUUACUCAGUCCAGAUAACCACCAGCUUAUCCAAGGGAUAUGAAUUUUAUGUGUAAGUGUUUGUAUUUUCCAGCUGUUGGUUUUUCGUCAUAAUUAGAAACGCGUCUCCAAAUAUUACCCCCUAGGCUUUUUAAGGGAUCCUAAAAGUCAAUCUUAAAGUAUCUAGUUAAUUCUGGUCACUCUGCUUCACAAAAAGCCUCCUUCAACAUCAUACACACAGUCAAAAGAGUCGACUCAAGGGGAAAGCACAUGGAAAUCUUAUGUAUAGCCCAAGCUAUCCACUACUUCAAGCCUAUUAUUUGAGUACAAAAACAGUAUGUUUAGUCACUCAUUCCUUCAGAGUUUUCUCCUUCCUUUCUAUAAUCCACCGUUUCUUAUUUCUACUUCUCUCCAAUUAUUUCCACAACUAUCAACUAACCAUUAUUACGACUUUUCAUCAUUCUGUUUUUAAUAGCUAUCAAGUGGACACUUACCUUCACCUUAAAAUUUCUCACUAGCUAAUUAUUACAUAACUUCCUUUCAGUAUUUGAUUUCUGUAAACCAUUCACGACAAGAUACUGUAGUGUUUAGUACUAUGUCAAACCCACAUAGGUUAUUUUAGCUUUCGGAUAGACUAACUUAUUCUUAUUGGGUCACAUUUUGACUAUCUCACUUAUUAACCUUGAAUGAUUUUAUGUGAGCAUAUGUAUGUGUAUUGCUUAUCCUAUUCAUCACAUGUAUGUAGCUCAUUUUUGUCUGUUUAUAAAUAUUGAGUCAUGCUUUAUCAAAAUGAGUUGGCACACUUGCCUUCUCCAAUCUGCUCAUCCGCUUCGUUUCUCUGAUUGUUUGUCUGGAUUGACGAAUGUCUGGAAUAUACGUAUUCGAAAUUCAUCCUCUUAUUUAACCUAUUUUAUUCCGUUAUUCCCUAACCUGAAUUAGGUCGAUAAUUAUGUACGAGGAUAGCCGAGAUGUAUAUUUCGUUAACAUCGUCGUUCGAUUAAAUUGUAGUCAGACCAGUGGGCCAUGAAAUAUCCCCAAGUUUCUUUAUUACUCAAAACCGUAUAAUACAAUUUUUAACUGAUAAAAUUAACUAAAGAUGCGAUUGUAUAGCUUGAGUAAAUGAAACCGUUGUGAAGAAGAUUUCACCGAAUUUCCUUUAUUCUUUUUUAAUGAUACACUAGGUCUCUUUUGUUAUUUAAAUAAAUAAAUGCUAACAUUGUGUUUUUAUUUCGCUAAAGACUUACCUAUAUGUAACAUUUAGGCUGCAUUGACUAUUCCUUUUCCCACGUUUUGUCUUUUAGGAGCAGUCAAAGUGUGCUCUCACUAUAAAUACAGUUGUAGAAAAGAUUAAUAUAUCUAGUCCACGUACACUUCGAUCAUCCACUAAAGCUCAGGAAUAUGAUUUAUCCGUCAAUAAAUUGGAUCCAACAGAGGUGUUAAGUGAUACUGAUGAUGAAUUGAGGAUUGAUUUAGAUGAACGGAAUAGUGAUGAUCAUAGUUCUAAACAGUUUAGUUCAUCGAUUUGCGAUCCUGGAAACGUAGCUAGUUUUUGUACAGUUGUUGAAAGAUCCACUAAUAAACAACAAGAAAAUACAAAUAGCAUUUCUGUCAUCAACUUUUCCAGUACACCAGCUUCACCAACUGAUGAGACACCUAAAAGUCCGUGUUUUAAUCAAAUCAUAGAAUCAGAGUCUAUUAUUCAUUCUCCUAGUCCACAAAUAAUUCCUCUUGAGCCUGUCAAAAUUACUUGUGAAUUAUCUCAAGAUUUAUCACCAUUGGAAACAAUUAGUCCUUCAAAACGAUUAACGUCCAACUCUUCUACAUCAAAUAAAAUAAAUAAAGCAGAAGUUAAUCAGAAAUCAAACAAAAACUCAGUUAAGGCGUAUUCAUAUUCCUCUUUAAAAUUAGGAAAUAAAAAUUUGUUAGUUCAAUUCUUCGAUACAAUAUGGUCGAAUAAUGAAAGUUGUCAAGCUUGCAAAACGUCAUCUUCUGAUGGGCAAUGUCCACUUUGGCCUUCAUGUAACACGCGGAAUCGGACAAACAGCGUAGUGGAUGAUGAAUCUAAAAAAAGUAAUGUGAAGCCUAUUUGUGUUCAAAUCAAACCGGAGUAUUUAGGUGAUUGGGGCUGUGAAAUGCUUGAAAAUCAAGAAUUGGAACUUUCUUGGUUGGGUUCAUUUAUAAGAAAUAACUCAGAUAUUUUAAGAAUUCGUUUGUAUCCAAACUCUGGGAAAAUUAUCUUGAUAGAAUAUCAAUCUAUGGAAGAAAUGUUGAAGACAUAUCCUCAUUUUAAACCACAAGAUAAUGUAAACAGAUUAUCUGGAUUACUGGAUCAACUUUUCGAUUUACAACCUGGAUCCUAUUUACUGACACAAACCAAGCUCGCAUCCGAUAAUUCGUUUGAUAUUUACCAAUCUGUUAAUGAUAAUCAAUCAUUUGAUAUAGAUGCUCGUCAAAUUAAUCUAAAUCAAAUUUCCAGUCAGUUCUCAACAUCUUCAGAAAGAUUACUAAAUUUAUUAUCACUUGGAGAUGAUAAUUUCACUGGAAUCACUAUUCCAGAAGAAAUAGCUAGUACACUUUAUUUAGUACGUCGUUUAAAAUUGGAUUUGGAUAUUCCUGCUGGUUUUGAAAAAUGCAUACUUUACAAAAUGUUAAAUCUGAGAGAAAUUUAAAAUUGCCUGGAUUAAAUCGUAUAGAUUGUAUGGAAAACUGUAGUAAACAGAGUAAUAGUAGUGAAUUAAUAAAAACAUCGACAUCUGACGAAAUCAAUAAAACUCGUGUUAUGAAAGUAAUGACAUCGAAGAAAAGACCGACGAUGAAACCAAUGGAGAAAAAUAGUACUAAAGGAAGACAACUACCUUCUGCUAGUAAAAAUGCAAAUAAUAAACUUUGCGGUAAAAGACGAAGAAUUAAUUAAUUGAUUUGUUUAUACAUUAUUUAUUUAUGAGCCGGUGUAUUUGUAUAUAUUUAUUUUUUAAAUCAUGUACAUUUCUGAGUUCAAGUAAAGAUUAAAGAAACAAGAUUAAAUUCUAAA